UCGACAUUGACAUCGGAUAUUCUUUCUCUCUUUACCCACUUUUCUGAGUUUCUCCUUCAAUAAAGUUUGAUCGUGGAGACACAGAAAAUAAGUGUGAUUUGGUUAGAAAAAUUCAUGACCAAAGUUUCCCCGUUUCAUAAACUUUUACUUUCAUAGGGGGAAGAAAAGGAGAGAGACAAUCUUAACGGCCACCAACCCAAAUCACAGUCGGAAUUCUUCUUCAUGAAAAAACUGAUAAACCACAAAGUGAGAAACGAUGAGGUAAGAAAAGGGGAAGAGAGAUUAUAGAAACUGAAGCUGGAGCUCGAGUUCGUACAGUUCGUUUAAGAGGUAAGUGGGUUCCUUCUAAUUUUCAGAGUUUAGUGAGGAGGUGCUUGUUAGUUCUUGAUUUCCACUCGAAUAAAAGUGGGUGUUAGUAGCAGUGGGAUGCAGAGGUUCCUUCGUCUCCUAAAUUGGCUAGUCUGGAAAUCUGAGUACUGAUAGCGGGAAGCAUAGGGAGGUUUUUGAUUGGACUCUUGCAACAGAUUUUACAGGGAGAAAUCUUAAGUUGCAGAUUGUUUUGACUCAUUCGAAACAGUGAUGAAUUAUACCGAGGGCUUUUAACCUUUAAGUUGUUCUUUGUUCAUUUGAUUGACAGUGUCUAAGAAUAGUCAUUUACAGUGCGUUUAGCCACGCAUGGUUGUGUGGUGUGCUUGUAUACACUAAGAAUGGAGGAGUUAUGCUGAAUGCUGGUAUUGAGGAGGGGCUUAGGGAUGAAUUCUACGAUGGAUGACAUGAACUUGCUUCAGCAGGCACAGAGACAUCACUUGGUGGUUAGGGAAAUAGGGGAGGAGAUUGAUCUGGAGAUUGGUCCUGGAGAUGACGACCCUUCAUUUUCUAACGCGCCUCUCAUAGGUGUUCCACCGCGAGAACUCUCUAUUGAAGAGCAGGAAGAGCAUAAGCAGCUCCUCAUGGCUGCGCAGAACCAGAAUGAAGAGCAAGAGGCUCCAAAGACGCAACCAGUGAAAAGGAAGAAAAAGGUGGUGAAGAGAUGGAGGGAGGAGUGGGCGGAUACAUACAAGUGGGCUUAUGUUGAUGUCAAAGAGGGUACUGCGAGAAUAUUUUGUUCCGUUUGCAGGGAAUACGGGAGGAAGCACAGGAGGAAUCCAUAUGGGAAUGAAGGCAGUCGAAAUAUGCAGAUGAGUGCACUGGAAGAGCAUAACAACAGUUUACUUCAUAAGGAGGCACUCCGGCUCCAGAUGGCCUCCAAGGAUAAAAUUUUAACCAUUGCUGACAAACCCAUAUAUGUAAAAGCUCUUAUGUCAAAAACUGCUGGAUCAAUUGUUGAAGCUGUGUUAAGAAGGGAUCCUCAUGAGGUUGAGUUUAUACAGUCAGUGCAAGAAGCAGUUCAUUCUUUAGAACGAGUAAUUGCAAAGAAUACUCAUUAUAUCCAUAUUCUUGAGCGAUUGUUAGAACCCGAGCGUAUGAUUGUCUUCCGAGUGCCAUGGAUUGAUGACAGGGGAGAGACACAUGUAAAUAGAGGAUUCCGAGUACAAUUCAGCCAAGUGUUGGGUCCUUGUAGAGGUGGUCUGCGUUACCAUCCAUCCAUGAACUUAAGUACCGCAAAGUUUCUUGGGUUUGAACAGACUUUAAAGAAUGCUUUGUCGCCAUACAAGCUUGGUGGAGCUGGAGGAGGUAGUGAUUUUGAUCCAAAGGGAAAAAGUGAAAAUGAGAUUAUGCGGUUUUGCCAAAGUUAUAUGGAUGAAUUAUAUCGAUAUUUAGGUCCAGAUAAGGAUCUUCCUUCAGAAGACAUGGGGGUUGGUCCUCGGGAGAUGGGUUACCUCUUUGGACAAUAUAGACGUCUAGCUGGUCAUUUUCAGGGAAGUUUUACAGGGCCGAGGAUGUUCUGGUCUGGUUCUAGUCUUAGAACUGAAGCUACUGGCUAUGGACUGGUUUUCUUUGCACAGAUUAUGCUUGCAGAAAUGAAUAAAGAGCUAAAAGGAUUAAGAUGCGUAGUGAGUGGCUGUGGAAAGAUUGCAAUACAUGUCAUAGACAAACUUCUUGCUUAUGGUGCUGUGCCCAUCACAGUAUCAGAUUCCAGAGGUUAUUUAGUGGAUGAAGAUGGAUUUGAUUAUGUGAAGAUAUCAGUUUUGAGAGACAUUAAAGCAAAUCAGAAAAGCUUGAGAGAUUAUUCAAAGACUUAUGCUCGGUCUAAAUACUAUGAUGAGGCAAAACCUUGGAAUGAAAGGUGUGACAUUGCAUUUCCUUGUGCUGCGCAAAAUGAAAUCAACCAAUCUGAUGCUGUAAAAUUGGUUAAUUCAGGUUGCCGUAUACUAAUAGAAGGUUCAAAUAUGCCUUGUACCCCAGAAGCAAUUGAUGUGCUGAGGAAAGCUAAUGUUCUGGUUGCACCAGCCAAGGCUGCCGGUGCUGGAGGAGUUGCUGCUGGAGAACUUGAAUUAAAUCAUGAAUGUAAUUUGAUGCACUGGUCUCCUGAGGACUUUGAAAGUAAACUACAGGAUGCCAUGAAACAGACAUACCAGAAAGCCAUUAAAGCAGCAAUAGACUUUGGGUAUCAAAAAGAGAGUCCCGAGGCUUUGGUACAUGGGGCAACUAUCUCUGCUUUCCUAGCACUUGCUCAAGGUAUGACUGACCAGGGCUGCGUAUAGAAGCCAGGGAUACUGUCCAGUCAAAUAUGCAUGCUCAUUGAGAUGUGGAUAUACAUAUACUUCACCUACCAGAUGAUUGAGGAAGGUCAGAACAUCAUUGACCACUUUGGUGCUUGUGCAUCUCAAGAAACAUUACACGUAUUUUCCAGGGCCAGUGACAUGAAAGGUUCGGGAUAUGCAUGUGGAAGCUUUCUUCCUCUUGUAGCUGUGACAUGUUUCUAAUGUUAUAUAGGAAUCUGGGUUGGGGCUAACUUAUGGAUGAUUAAAACAGAGGGAGAUGCAGGAAAAGGUAGUAGUGGCUGAAAUAGUUGUGAAUGGAAGGAAUCUUCAAAAUUCGUUGCUGGAAGCAUUUGUAUACUACUCCCAACCUGAACACUGCAGCCUUGUGAAGAAGCUGAAAAUGAUUGGAAAUAAAAUAUAAUUCUUUGUUAGUGUCCAAGUCACAAUGUGCCUCCAGAAACCUGUGUAACAUAACGAAGUUUCUCUUCUAAUGCAA